GGUGCAGAGCACUGUACUAAGCGCUUGGAGCUUCUCAGGUGCGGGAGAGCAGCCUCUCUGCAACCAGGGCUCCGGGGAUGGGCACCCCAGCCUCGGUGGUGAGCGAGCCGCCCCCGGAGCCGCGGGGCCGCAAGCAGGCCUCGGCCAACAUCUUCCAGGACGCGGAGCUGCUGCGGAUCCAGAGCCUGUUCCAGCGCGUCGGGGACCGGCGGGCGGAGGAGAGGGCCCGCAUCGUGUGGGAGUGCGCCGGGGAGCCCGGCGUGGCCCAGGCCUUGAGGCGACUGAGCGGGAAGAGGCGGCGGAGGCCGCCCCAGGACCGGGCCGACCACCGGGCCCGGCGGCAGAGGCGGCGGUGCGGUCGGCCCCGGAUGCCGAAGGACCACCCCUCCGCCACCGCCUCCCCCACCGCGGGGGCCACGGAGACAGCCGCCGGCCCCGAGCCCCCGGCCCCCAGGAGGACGAGCGCCAGGAUCCGUCAGCACUGGGGGAGGGCGAGCCCCAGGAGCUACCUCCACCAGAUCCGACACUGACCCAGGGCGGGAGGCUGGUCGCGGGGCCGUCUCCCCCCCAAAAAAAUACCCUGGUGGUCCUUCCGGGCCCGGAGAAGGGGCAGAGCGGAAUGAAGCCUAAAGCAGGCAAGGUGCCCAGGCACACGAAGGGCCCGCUGAGAGGCUGACCCUGAAGGGGCCCGCCCAACGGUCCAGGGUCGCUCCAAGGAGAAAAAGGCUCCCUUGGGUGUCAUCCCUCUCCGGCCACUCGGAUCCGAGUGGGAGCAGCAGCGUUUUCUGAAACUAACCCACCUCCCCACCCUUCCUGAUCUAACACUACCGUUGGACUGAACUGUUCCCCGAGGUUUUUUGCGGGGGCCGGGGCUGAGCCCAGGCCCGGAUUUCUCCUCCUCUAACUGGUAAAGGGGAGAGCGGGGCGAGCCCCCCGCAGCCCCUUACCCUUAGCAGGGAGAGAGGAGAGUGGGGCUCCCCAGAAUGGAAGAGAAUGAUUAAUAAAAACACACGAGCACGGAAUGGCGUGAGUCUGCUUUGGGCUGCGCGGCAAGGCCCAGCAGGGCUGAGGACUGUGAGCCCACUGUUGG